AAUAUUUAAUGCUCUAAAGCUUCAGGCUUCAAUAAUAGUUUAUAAAAAAAAGAAAAGUUUCACCAGAUUCUAUGAUUUUACUUAACCUUUUCGUAAGCCCCUUAAACUUAAACCUCAAAUUCUAUAAAUAAAAACAUUGAAGUUUGUGUUCAAAAACAGAAGAGGUGUCCUUCAAGACGAGUCCAAGACGCUGCGAGACAAGACAAGGUGUUCUUCAAAGUUGACUUGUUUUAAUUAUUCUAUUUUAUAUUUUGAAAAUGGGUAAGAAAGCCAAAGAUAAGAAAAAGGGCAAAGGUGCAGAAAAAACUGCUCUAAAAACAGAGAAGAAGUUGUCAAACAAAAUGAAAAAGGCACUUAAACUUACAGGAGAGGAUGAUAUAGAAAAUGUUGUAGCCCAAAUUGAAAAAGAAGAGAUGAAAAGGCAGAAAGUAAUUGAAAAAACUAUUGAUCCUCCUACCAGGAGAUUAAAUUUCACUUUAAUCGCACACCCAGACAAGGAUCAACUGUGUAUGUUUGGGGGAGAAUUUUUUGAUGGACAAAAGACAAUUUUAUAUAACGACCUAAUAUUUUACAAUAUUGCUAAUAAUUCCUGGAACAUUGUUAAAGUUCCUGGUGCACCUCCAUCAAGAUGUGGUCAUCAGAUGGUUGCAACAUCUGCAAAUGGUGGUCAAUUAUGGGUUUUCGGUGGUGAAUUCACCAGUCUUUCACAAUCUCAAUUUUAUCAUUACCAAGAUUUGUGGGUAUACUAUAUUGCAGAGAAAAAGUGGGAAAAAAUAACUGCAGCCAAUGGUCCUAGUGCUAGAAGUGGACAUAGAAUGGUCUUACAAAAAAAAAAAUUAUUUGUAUUUGGUGGUUUUCAUGAUAAUUUAAGAUCAUUCAAGUACUUCAAUGAUGUAUUCACCUUUGAUUUGGAAAAAUAUGAAUGGAAAAAAUUAGAAGUUAGUGGUCUUGCUCCAUCUCCUAGGUCUGGUUGUGUCAUGCUUCCUACUCAAGAUGGUCGAAUAUUAAUUUAUGGAGGAUAUAGUAAAGAGAAUAUCAAAAAGGAUGUUGAUAAAGGAAUUGUUCAUUCAGAUGCAUUUUUGUUACAACCUGAUAAAAACGAUAGUACAGGGGAAAAGUGGAAAUGGGUCCAUAAAAAAUUAAGUGGAAAUUACAUUUCACCAAGAUGUAGUAUGUCUGCCACAAUGACUUCAAGUAAUUCUACUGCAUAUUGUUAUGGUGGAGUAUUUGAUGUUGAAGAUGACGAAGAGGACUUGGAUAGCAAAUUUUUUAAUGAUUGUUGUUUGUUAGAUACUGAUAAAAUGCAGUGGAAAAUAAUGCAACCAACUAGAGGCAAAACCAAGCCAAAAUUUGAAGAUAAUAUUGAUGAACAUGUUGAUAUGACAUCAGAAAUUACUGCAUCCCAAAAGGUAUCCAAUGAUGGAGUUUUUACAGUGACUGUAGGACCUGCAGUACAGUCAUCUGCAACUAAAGUCCAAGAUGAAAAAGUAUCAAUAUUCCAGCCAUGCCCAAGAAUCAAUUGCGGCCUAGCAAUCAAAAAAGGAAUUCUAUAUUUAUAUGGGGGUAUGUUCGAACAAGGUGAAAAACAAAUAACAUUGAAUGACUUUUACUCAAUUGACAUCAAAAAGUGCAAUGAAUGGAAAACUAUUAUAGAAGAUAAAAAUUCAGAAUUAUCGUGGGUUGGUUCUGAUUCUGAAGAAGAAGAAAGUUCUUCUGAAUCUGAAAACUCAGAAUCUGAGGAAGAAGAUUAAUUUAGUUUUAGCAAAAAGUAAUUUAUUUUGAAAAGAAUCAAAAUGAUAUAGACUUUCUAUAUAACGAGCGUUCAUUUAAAUUCAUGGUUAAGAGUGCUGUGAAGAAUUUAGAGUAGAUUUUCUGUGAUUGCAAGUAGCUCUUAUCUUGUACCAUAUUACUAACAUUUGUUUACAUACUUCGAAUUUGGGAAAUGUGUUGGGAAUUAUAUUUUUUAUUAUUAUAAUAAUAAAAAAAUCUAACCUUACGUUAGGUUAGGUUUGUAUCUUAUUAGGUACAAGCUAAGCGUUACUUAAUCACAAAAAAUCAACGCUAAUUUCUCCACAGCGCUCUUGACCACGAAUUUAAAUUUCUUGAUAAAGACACAUGUUAUUGUAUUUGAAACGUUGAAAUAAACACACCAUCAAAAUGUCA